AUGGAUGGCCUUGGGUGCGGCCAGUCCCGGGGCUCUACCAGACCCAGAAGCAAGGGCCGGGACGACCUCCCGCUCCGGCCUCAGAUCCCCGUGCAGGAGAAUUCCAGCUCUCACAUCAGCGGGUUAACCUCAGAGUCGGCUUCGGGGAGAGGCCCACGUGGGGUGCAACAGGCAGCGUCCCAUGCGGCCAGGCCUUCCACGGAAACCUCGGGGUUCCGCAGCGGCAGGAAGCGCACCGCCCAACCUCAGCAUGUCACCUCGCGGAGGAGGAGCCAGGUGGGCCGUCGCCGCUCCGGGAAGGGCAGCCGGGCCCGGGGCUUCGGGGCGUCCCCGAGGGGACGGCGGGGCCCUGGCACCAGGCCCGCGGGGUCCGGCGCCCCGGGACUCUGGGGGGGGAGGAGCCGCGCCCCCGCCGACUGCGGGCUCCCGAGGGGUGCUGGCCGCCAGCGGGCGGGCCGUCAGCUGCCCGGCCCGUCGCCUCGCUCCCCGCCCCCCGGCUUCCUGCGGAGGCCGCGGCCGCCAUGUUGUUGUGGGGCUGAGGCGGCGCCGCGGAGCCCGAGCGGCCGUGACAGGCUGCGCAACAGGUUCGCUGUCGGCGGCCUGGAGACGAACCGGGCGGCGGCGGCGGCGGCCGAGCAGCGUCUCCCGGCGUCCGCCCGCGGCCGCGCUGCCGGUGCCGAGGGGCGCGGGGUCGCGUGUGACGAGCGGCAGGCGCGGCGGGGGCGCCAGGUGGGUGAGGCGGCCGGCCCGGGCGGCGGGAGGGCGCGGGGCAGGUGCUGGCGCCGCCGCUGCCGCCGCCGCCGCCGCCGCGCUCGCCGCGGGGAGGCUCGGCGGGCCGGGCCGGGAGGCGGCUGCGCGCCCGGGCCGCGGCGGACCGGCCCUCGGGAGCCGGAGCUAGCCCCCGGCGGGCUCGGCGGCGCCGGGCGGAAACCUCCGCUCCCGGUUCCUGCCCCCGCGGCGGGGCCCCGGGCGGACGCCGAGCGGCCGGGGCCGGGGCCGGGUCUCGAGGCCCCCGGCCUCCCCGGCAGGUGCGGGCGGCGCGGAGGGCCGGGGGCGGCGCGGCCCCUUGUGUUCGGGGUGUCGCCAGAAGACGGCCCGUGGGGGCCCCCGCACGCUUCCUCGGGUCCCCCCCCCUUUUUUCCCCUCACAGAGUUGGCUUUCCUUGGUAAUGGCUGGUGCGGAAUGUCAGUGUUUACUUUGCUUAUUACCCCUGAGAUGGGCGAGGUGUGA